UCUGUAUGAUAAGUACUGCCACAAGUUUCUUGAAGAUUUUGUAACUUUCUGGUUUACAGGGUUUCUGAAGAUGUCUGGACAACGUGUGAGGUUUGUCAAUACGAUACCUCUUCCCAAAGUCGUCAUAAAGGAAGAGAUAUUGAGUGAAGACGAUGAAGAAGUACAUUGCUGCAAGAUAUGUAGCAAGCGCUUCGUGAGUCCGAUGGCGCUCCGAAACCACGCCAUGAUGGAGCACUACGAGGCAUUUGCUACCGGAGACCCGAGCGAAUGGACAGACCCAUUUGGUGGGAAACAACAAGACACCAAGACUACAAAGGGAAAAUUGCAAAAGGUGGAAGACCAAAGUAUUGAAGGAAAGACGAAGGAAUUCCUAUCGUCUAUGGCUGAAGGAAAAAUUACCUCGCUGGCUUCUCCGAAUGUCGACUACAUAAUAAUAAAAGACGGAGACCUAGACAUCGGGGAUAGGAAGAGGAAGAGGCUAGUUAAAGUAGAUAAACCUAUUAAGGAUGUGCCCGCUAAGAGGUCAAAGGAACCGCAGGUUAUAACCGGUCCUUUCGAGUGCGUGGAAAGUGGAUCUUGUCACAGGAUAUUCUUUUCUUGUUGCGAGUACUCCACGCACUAUAGAGACGAACAUACGCGCAGAAGGAAGGGUUUGCGUUGCCAGGUUUGCGAAAAGCCAUUGUCUCCAGAAGGUGAAAGUCCUUUUCCUUAUAUGUGUGAUGUAUGCGGGGUAGGUUUCAACGCUAGCAAAGAGCUAUCGGAGCACGUGAGCGCGGCUCACGUCAAGUUGAGACCAUACCAGUGUGAAGUGUGCCCCAAACGGUUCACGCAGCAAGCUGGUGUCCAACAACACAUGAGGAUGCACACCGGAGACAGACCAUUCUCAUGCACAUAUUGUCCCAAAGCGUUCACACAGAAAUCUGGGCUCGAUCAACAUCUACGGAUACAUACAAAAGUGAAACCUUAUCGUUGCGUGAUAUGUACGAAAGCGUUCUGUCAAUCCAUACAUCUGAAGCAACAUAUGAGAACGCAUACCAACGUAUCUCCCUUCCAAUGUGGAAUAUGUUCCCAAAGGUUCAAGCAAAGCAGUCACCUAAACUAUCAUCUUAGGAACCACAAUCCGGCCAAAAUGACUGAGGAACAGAAAAUCAAGUACGCAGAGCUGAUCGGCAUGAUGGGAAUCAGCAGUGAUGCUAUAGAAGUAGAGGUCACCCCACUAGAAGACCACGAACUCGAAGAAGUUGAAACCGAAGAAACGAUAGUGACCGAAGAGAUAUCAAACGGUAUCAGCCAGGAAGAACAGCAGGCAGCCGAGCAAAGUGUCGAGGUUUGGGACAAAGAUGUUUACGUGCUCAGCGAAGAAGGACAGGAGAAAUGGACUGUGCAACUCGUGGAAUGAUGAUCGUGUUAAUUAGUAAAAGUGCUGUGAAAUUCUGCUAAGAAAACGGACAAGUGAAAUAUGUGACUCGAAGACUUAAUAAUAAGUGAACUGUGCGACACAAAAGACAGAAGUGAAAAGAAGUGAACUUGGACACUGUUAAUGCUGUAAUUUAUGGUAACAAUUUAUUCUUCAUGAUAAGCCUAUUAAUGUCACCACUACUGGGGCACAGGCCUUCCCUAUGGAUGGAAUAGGGAGACUGGGCCGUGACCCACCACACAGGCCCAGUGCGGAUUGAUGGGUGCUAACAACUGCAGAUGCAGCCGGGAAAAUGGCUUAACUCGCCUUCCGA